CCUUUUCGUCAAUGGUUUAGUUUAUGUUUGACACCAAGGCACCAUAAUGGAUUAAGUAGCGCUAAUUCAACUGCUCUCGGAACAUCUUUCUCCGAUCCAUCGUCAGAAAAUCCAAGAAAUCACAACCGAUCACCGCACCGUCGCACCGCGAUUCCUGAAAUGCUCACCGUGCUGCCCACUCCCGCAUCUGGCCUCCACAGAUAAGAAAUGAUACGACGAUGCUCGCCAGGAUCAUCUUCUGCGUGGUCGUCGCCGCCGCCGUCCUCGCCGUCGUCCUCCUCGCCACCGUCUCCCCGCUCCCGCACCACCGGUCCGGCGGCGGCCACAAGGGCGCUCCAGGCCAGCGCACCUUCACGGUGUACAUCCACCCCACGGUAUCGGCGCCAGCCGUGCAGCAAGAGCAACAAGUCCAAGAACGCCGGCAGGAAGAGAACGCGCUGGUGUUCCACCACCGGAUGACGGCGGGGCCGGAGAGCGCGUCGAGGACCGUCGGCGCGGCCUCUGGGUUUCUGCUCCCUGCGGGCGAGCGGCGCGCCGCGGCGUCGGUGUUCGACACGGUGCACCUGGCGUUCGACGGCGGCGCCGGGCUGUCCGGCAGCCUCUGCGUCGAGACGAGCGACGAGAAGACGCGGCGGGACGGGAGACGACGCCACGACGGGGACGAGGAGGAGGUGCUGCGAGUGGUCGGCGGCACUGGCGCGUUCGCGUUCGCGCGAGGGCAUGCCGUCCUACGGGGGCAGCGGCCCCGCCCUGGCGCCACGGCGGCGGCGCUGCUUCUUGAGCUAAGCAUUUCCUCUGCUGGGAGUUUGGCUGGUACGCGUGAGUGAUGGUCUGAUCGGCUGAUCGCCCAUUAGGAAAAAAAAAAAAGAAUGUGGGCGAUCAUAUAUGUCAUAAACGAUGCAGUUUUUGGCUUAUUUUCAUUUUUGUGAUUUGAAUUGGCAACGUGUUUUUUUUUUGUUGCUAAAUAACCUGAGACGCAAGUGUUCACAAAAAUGUAUCGUUGCAAGUGUCUCCAGAAUGACAGAUUCAUUUUUUUGGGUGGUGAGAGUAGUAGUCCUACUCCAUACAUUUCCUCU